AAUGAGAUAAUAUUUACGUACGUUCCAAAGAAAGGACAACCAUGAGAAAAACUAUAUAUAUAUGAAGGUCUAAGAGGAUCUCCACUCCACAAAUCACUCAAAUCCCAUCCUGCGCGCUACUGCCUCUGUCAGCUCCAAUGGUGCCUCUUCUCCAAUUCCUAUUGACCCUCCUUGCGCUGCUUGUCUGUGCCUCGUUUUUCAAGAGGCGAACUACAAAUAAGAAAAAGGCCUGCAAUGCGCCUCAAGCUGGUGGCGCUUUGCCUAUUAUCGGCCAUAUGCACCUCCUGGGUAGCCGGCAACUGACCCACAAAACACUGGGCGCCAUGGCUGACAAGUACGGACCAGUCUUUACUUUGUGGCUGGGUUCACAUAGAGCUCUGGUCUUGAGUAGUUGGGAAAUGGCCAAGGAGUGUUUCACUGUCCAUGAUAAGGUCUUAUCAACCAGACCAAACAUGGCUGCCUCAAAGUUGUUGGGCUAUGACUAUGCUAUGUUUGGCGUUUCUCCUUACGGGUCAUACUGGCGUGAGGUGCGCAAGAUAGCUACAAUUGAGCUCUUGUCGAAUCAUCGGCUUGACCAGCUCAAGCACAAACCAGCUUCGGAGUUGGAAAGUAUGAUGAAAGAACUUUACAAAUUGUGGGUUGGCAAAGGCAGCCCAGAAAGUGGAGCUGUUGUGGAUAUGAAGCAAUGGUUUGGGAACUUGACGCUUAAUAUUGCUAUAAGAAUGGUGGGAGGAAAGCGAUACUUUGGAACUAAUGCCGAUGUCGAUGAAGAAUCGGCACUUCGCGCUCAAAAAGUGGUGAGGGAGAUAUUUGAUCUGUUUGGGGCGUUUGUGUUGUCUGAUGCACUUCCUUUUAUGGGUUGGUUAGAUAUGAAUGGGUAUGAGAAAAGGAUGAAGCGAGCUGCGAAAGAAGUGGAUUCUCUGCUUGGAGGGUGGCUGGAGGAGCAUAAACAGAAGAGGUUGACGGAGGGGAAGAAAGAAGAAGGGCAAGAUUUUAUGGACGUCAUGCUCAACACCAUCAAGGAUGCCAAGAUUUCAAGUUAUGAUGCCGACACCAUAACCAAGGCCACUUGCUUGAAUCUAGUUUUAGGAGGAAGUGACACGACCAUGAUAACUCUUACAUGGGCUCUGUCUUUACUACUCAAUCAUAGCGACACACUGAAAAAGGCUUACGAGGAGCUGGACAAAGUCGUUGGCAGGGAUAGACGUGUCGACGAGUCCGACAUAAAAAAUUUAGUGUAUCUCCAAGCCAUCGUGAAGGAAACACUGCGCCUAUACCCACCUAGUCCAAUAGUAAUACGUUCUCUACUGGAAGAUUGCACCCUCUCAGGUGGGUAUCACAUUCCGGCCAACACACGCAUAAUGGUGAAUGUGUGGAAGGUUCACCGAGACGAGCGUGUGUGGCCCAACCCUGACGAUUUCAAGCCUGAGAGAUUUUUUACCAGCCAUAAGGACGUAGAGUUGAGGGGUCAGAGUUUUGAGCUCAUUCCUUUUGGCUCAGGAAGGCGAUCUUGCGCUGGGAUCUCAAUGGCUCUUAAUAUGGUGAAUUUGGCGCUCGCUAGCUUCUUACAGGGUUUCAACGUUGCUAAGCCAACGAAUGAAGAUGUGGAUCUAAGUGAGAGUGUUGGUUUGACAAACUUGAAGGCAUCCCCACUUGAAGUUCUCAUCACUCCACGUCUUGAUUCUGGCCUCUUUCUUUAGUUGAAUCAAGUCUUGCUACGUAUGCUUUAAUAUUGUUAUCAACCGGUUCGGAUUGGCAAGAAUAAAAUAGUUUCAAUUAAACAAUGUAA